UACGUUAAUCAUACCAAGCCCAUUCCCAUUCUCCACUUUCAAACUCUCUCUCUCUCUCUCUCUCUCUCUGUGGGAUCUCUCUGCCGCUCUCGUCCUCACUGACCUCGCUUACUCUCUGCUCCAAAUCGAAACCCUCUCGAAGCCAGCCCGGCCACGAUGAACCACUACCACAUCUACCAAGCCAUUGGCCGCGGCAAAUACUCGGCCGUGUAUAAAGGGAGGAAGAAGAAGACCAUCGAGUACUUCGCCAUUAAGAGCGUCGAGAAGUCGCAGAAAAACAAGGUUCUUCAAGAAGUUAGGAUUCUCCACUCUAUGGAUCAUCCAAAUGUACUCAAAUUUUAUUCCUGGUACGAAACCUCUGCUCACUUGUGGUUGGUUUUGGAGUAUUGCGUUGGAGGAGAUCUCAUGGCCUUAUUACGGCAGGAUGGUCAACUACCAGAGGAUUCAAUUCAUGAUCUGGCUCGUGACCUUGUCAAAGCCUUGCAGUUUUUACACUGCAAGGGAAUUAUUUAUUGUGAUUUGAAGCCAUCAAACAUCCUAUUAGAUGAAAAUGGACGUACAAAGCUCUGUGAUUUUGGGUUGGCUAGAAAAUUGAGUGAUAUAUCAAAAACUCCUUCUUCCUCGUUGCCGCAAGCAAAACGUGGGACGCCAUUUUACAUGGCUCCUGAGCUGUUUGACGAUGAGGGUGUCCAUUCAUAUGCAUCUGAUUUCUGGGCCCUUGGUUGUGUACUAUAUGAGUGUUAUGUAGGGCGGCCUCCCUUUGUGGAAAAAGAAUUUACUCAACUAGUAAAAUCCAUCCUCUCAGAUCCAACUCCUUCUCUCCCGGGUAAUCCAAGCCGUCCUUUUGUCAAUCUAAUUAAUUCUUUGCUGGUCAAAGAUCCAGCUGAAAGAAUCCAAUGGCCUGAGCUUUGUGGACAUGCUUUUUGGAGAACCAAAUUUUCUCCAGUGCCUUUACCUCCUCAGCCUGCUUUUGAUAAUAUGAUAGAACUAUAUACUAAACCAUGUCUUUCAGAACGUAAUGGUGAUAAAUCUCUUCCAAACAAGACCCCUCCUAAAUAUCGUGAAAAAGAUGUGAAAGGGGCUCUGAAGCAUGAUGAGAAUUCUGUUUUAGGAUCAAGAGGCUGUGAGACACCGAUGAAGGGUACACCAAGUGGCCGCAGAGCUCAAACCAAGGCUCAUGGCAGAGUGGUUGAUGAGAAGCAGAAAGAUCGUCCUAGUGCUACUAGAGGUGUGAAUCUUUUAAGACUUUCAAGAAUAGCAAAGUCAAACUUACAUAGGGAGAAUGAGAAGGAAAACUAUAGAAGGCCCUUGCCUAAUAGCUCUGAGAAUGAUUCAGAAGUUAAAAUUGAGAACACUGACAUGGAACUUGAUUUUAAUGAGAACACUGAAGAUGAUGCACAAGAUGAAUCUGAUAACACAGCUUGUGCGCCUGAAGACAAGUUUUCAAGUCAAGAUCAGUCUCAGGGGAAAGUGGAAGAGAUUGAAAAUAAAACACAACAAUAUGAUUCUCCAUUUGUUGCUAUUAUGCCUGUGGCAGAUAAGCCAAAAACACUGGAUCAGGACUCAUCUUCAGAGCAUAUUGAAGUGGAUGCUCCCCUUUCCAGUGUCAGCCCGCAACUUAAAAUCCAGAGAGUUAAGGAAGGUUCAGGAUCAGUCCUUGACUCCGAUUCUACAAAAUUGUGUAAUAAUAUUUCCCAGGUUCUUUGGCAUCCAUCUGAUCUCUCAGUCAGACCUGUAAUGCCAAGCAGAAAAGCUGAUAAACUAUCGGAGGUCAUUACUUCACUGCCCUUUGAGGCCCUUCAGCCAUCUGAUUUUGUGAAGAUGCCUAAAGAAAAGUUGGAUGCCCUGAACAAUAAGAUUAUAGCCAUUGUUAAUGGGAACACUAGUGUUGGGGAGAAGCAGAAUGUCAUUAGAUACCUUGAGAUGUUGAGCAGUAAUGCUGAUGCAGCCAACAUCUUGACCAAUGGGCCAAUAAUGCUCCUGCUUAUUAAAAUGCUCCGACAAUCCAAGGUUUCAGCUUUGCGUGUACAACUUGCUUCACUAAUAGGCUUGCUGAUACGGCAUUCAACUUUUAUUGAAGACAAUUUGGCAAACUCUGGAAUUUUAGGUUCACUUACUGAUGGCCUUAGAGACAAGCAAGAAAAAGUGAGGAGGUUUUCUAUGGCUGCCUUAGGUGAGUUGCUAUUCUAUAUAUCUACUCAAAAUGAUCAUUCUAGAGAUAUCAAUCCACCAGAAUCUCCUUCGAAGGACAACAAGCCCACAUCUGGCUGGCAGGUUCCAAAUUCAUUGAUUUCACUGGUGUCAUCAAUUUUACGAAAAGGUGAGGAUGAUGUAACUCAACUUUAUGCGUUGAGGACAAUUGAGAACAUUUCCAGCCAGGGAGGGCACUGGGCAGCUCGUUUCACCAGCCAGGAUGUGAUUAGUAACCUGAGCUAUAUAUACAGGGCUGGAGGGAAACAGGAGAGCUUGAGACUAGCAGCAGGAUCGUGUUUAGUUCGCAUGGUUCGCUUCAGUCCUUCCAGCAUUCAGUUAAUUCUUGAGAAACUUUCCUUUAAGGAGAUAGUGUCUGCCCUUGUCAAGGGCAGUCCACGUGAGCAGCAAAUCAGCUUAAACCUUUUAAACAUGGCCGUGCUUGGAACCCAAAUGUUCACCAAUAUUGGCCGAUAUCUUGUGCAUCUUGUGGAGGAUAAAAACCUUGUCCCAGGCCUUUUGUCUCUCAUUGAGCAGGGAAGUGAAGUUUUGAAGGGAAAGUCUCUUGCAUUAGUGGCUCUCCUUUGUAAGAAUGGUAGGAGAUGGCUGCCUCACUUUCUGUGUAAUGCUAGGUUACUUUCUGCAGUGGACAGACUAGCAAAAGAGAAGGACAACUUUGUGCGGGAGUGUUUGGAUGCAUUUGUUAAUGUUGUGGCAUCCACUAUACCAGGUUUACUGGAUAUUAUAACUGGAGAUAUUCAGCAAAUGAUGGGAGGAAGGCGCCAUGGGCAUAUCUCUACCCUUAGCAGUCGAGCUGCUCCGAAGACUAAUGUUCAUAUAUUUCCUGUUGUUCUUCAUCUUCUUGGAAGCUUGUCUUUUAAGCACAAGGUGGUGAGCCAUCAGGUGCUGCAGCAGUUGGCAAGCUUAAUCAAACUUGUGGAGACCCCAUUUCAGGGCAGGGAUGACUUCCAAAUAACCCUUCUUCGAGUGCUUGAGUCUGUGACAGAAGAGUCCCGCAUAAUUCUUGAAAAUCCUAUUGUUAUCAUACGUGAAAUACUUCCUAGCUUGGCCGUUCUGUAUAAGGGAAACAAGGAUGGUGAUGCCAGAUUUUUGUGCCUGAAACUUUUGUUUGAUGUGAUGGUCAUUUUUUUAACCGAACCAUUUGAUGAUGAGCAAAGAUCAGAGGAUUUUAAGUCCAUAGCUAAUACAUAUUUCCUCCCUCUGUACCCUGCCUUGAUUGAAGAUGAAGAUCCCAUUCCAAUGUAUGCGCAGAAGCUUCUUAUGAUGUUCAUCGAGUUUAACUACAUUAAAAUUUCAGACAUUCUACAUCCGAAGACAAUCUCACAAUGCUUUCAGUUUUUGCUCGGUGAUCUCUCUAGUGCAAAUGUAAACAAUGUUAAGUUGUGUCUUGCUCUCGCAUCUGCUCCUGAAAUGGAAUCCAAGUUACUUUCUCAACUAAAAGUAGUCAGGAGGAUUGGAAACCUCUUGGAAUUUGCUUAUGCAAAGGGUAUGGAAGAUUUUCUUGAACCGACUCUUGGCCUGUGUAGGGCUUUUCUUCUACGUUCCAUCACUAGCAGAAAAGGAAUCAUCGACGCAAAAGAACCAGAUCUUUUAGGUGAUGGUUGUGCUGAGACAAGAGGCGGUAUAGUUGAUCAGCAGCAAUGCAUAAGAGAUAUAAUGGACUUUGGUAGCAAUGUUGGAGUCUUGCUGGAGUUAAAUGGGUACCAUGAAGCAAAUGUCGCAGAUCUAGCUUCGGAAUGUAUGGUAUUGUUGCUUAAGGCAGCUCCAAGGGAAGCCACCACUGGUCUUCUGACUAAUCUUCCGAAGCUCGGUGCGAUUCUUGAGUCCACACACAGGGGCAUCUCUCACUUAUUUGUGCUGCGGAUGCUGCAUGCUCUUGGCUAUUCUUGUAGGCAAUAUCUGUCACAAGCAAUGAUACUAUCCAUAUCUGUACCUGAGAUCUCAAGGAUUGAAGCUAUUGUUUCCGAGCUUAAAAGUUCAGGUGUGCCUGCCUUAGCUACUGCUGCUUCACUCGUGGCAUUGGAGUUGCAACGGCUUCCUAGGUGCAUUUGAUAUCCUAGAGGUACAAUUAAAAGUUCAUUGAUUUUUCAGGAUGUUAAAGACAAGUUUCCUGAAUCCAGACCCUUGAGUUAAGACAGGUAAUUUUUGUCUGCAAAAUAUUAGUAAACAGUCUGGCUUUCAGUGGUCUGUCACUGCAUGAUUUAUGUAUCUUGACACGUUAAAUCGAAUAUAUUCUUUUUAGAAUUUGCUUCA